AUGGUUGAAAAUAAUGAGCAAUUUAAUUCUGGACAGUGGUCUGAACGUGUAAGAAUAAAUCAAUGUAUGGACGAAGAAAUUUCUACAUCAACAGAUUCUAUCAAGCUUAUAGCUGAAGUAUUAGAGCAAGGCACAGGACAACGCGUGAAAAGUUACGUGCAAAUCGAAAAUAAUCUUGCAGGCUUUGAACUCAUUCCUGUGAGGCCUGGUUUGUAUCGUGGAUUAUCCUCUAUUCCAAUACUGAUAAAAGUAAUAGAUAGACGCUUGACGAAAGUUCAAGAUGUCAUAGUCGACGUACGUUGUGUUUCUACGGAUAAAACUCAAAGUAUUACAUUAAAUAGUUAUGAAGGAAAGACGGAAUCUUUUCUAAUCAUUCCUUUUACGCCUAAUUUGUACGAGCAUAACUGCCGAGUACUUCUUUUACAGGCUCGGCGUAAAAUUGGACGACGAUUGUCGAGAGCGAUCACAUUAAUGCUUCCAUCCUUAGAUCAUUCACAGAUAUUACAAGAUUGGGUCAAAUGGUCACCGUCUUCACUUGCAAAUUCUGUAACAUAUCGUGUUGGUGAGAAAUUCCGAGCUUCAGUACCCGUGCAUUUGGCUACGAAAUUAAACUAUCUGGUAGUCUGCCAAGGUGAAACGAUUGCAGAAGCUGGUCAUGCUCGUGAUGACGGUGAAAUCACGUUUGAGACGACUGCAGCAAUGGUACCAUAUUGCGUGCUGUACGUGUUUAGCGUGAAUGAAGCUGUGCAAAUUGAUAUGAUUCUCUUUUUAGUAGAACCAUCAUGCCAGAAUUUGUUAUCUGUUUCUAAAGAAUUGCUGACUACAAAUCACAAUGUAACAAUAGCAGUAACUGCUCCUUCAAAUAGCUUGGCCCUUCUAUCAGCUGUAGAUAUUAGAAUAUUGGAACUUAUGCAGAAAUAUGCAUCACAUUCUACGUCAAAGUAUUGGGAUUGGUCGGUGUCGAAGCGUGAAGUUUCCGCGCAGGCAUUUUUUCUUGGCCUUAUUGAUACUCGACUUUUGAAUAACGAAAUAAAAGAAACUUGCGAAGAAGCUGGUGUUCUCAUGUUGCAGCACUUGAAAACGUGUCCAAACUUCAUGGAAUCAACAUCUGCUCUUUCUGAUCUUUGCUUGCAAUCUUUUAUUUUGUCGUGUGAACGACUUAGUAGUCCAACGUCUACAAGUAAAGUAUGUGAUCGAAAAACGGGACGUGGUUGUAGCGUGGAUAAUACUGGAGAAAUAAAACUCUCAGCUGCUCACAUGCAUUGGCUCAUGGCAGGUUCAUCUAAACGUAUCCAAACACGUCUAGAUGAUUCUGUAUUUGAGGUAAUUCGACGACAGACUGAUCUAAGUAGUGUUAUUCGACAAUAUUUUCCAGAAGUUUGGCUUUUUAGCGAUUUUCAUCUUGGAUCCUCAGGCAAGCUGAAUAAAACGUUUCAAGUACCAGAUACAGUAACACAAUGGUUUGUUCAAUCUUCGAUAUGGACACCUGGCAAUCUUGCGAUUUGUUAUAGUGCUCCAUCGACAGUUACUGUUGAAAAAAAAUUUUUCAUGGAUAUCAAUCUUCCAAAGCAUGUUUACGUGAAUGAAUCCGUGACUGCUCACGUCUCAGUCUUUGCAGAUAAGUUGGAAAAUGAAAUGACGUUUUCCGUCUGUAUGGCAGGAUUGGAUCGACACGUUUGUGGUGACGUUGGAGCGUAUGGUGAACGAGGCCAACCAGCUUAUAAUCGGAUUUAUCUAACACCAAUAAUGAACACUUCUGCUAAGGAGUUUGCUUUAAGAUUUUUGCGUGUUGGAAAGACAGAAGUUGUAUUUACGUUGAAAGAAGAAAUAUCCUAUCCAGGACGAUAUCACUGUAAUAUUGGCAAGACUUAUGAUGCUGUUAAAUUAAUAGUCACCGUUGAUAAAAGAGCAGAUAUUGAAGAGCACUUCAAGCGUUUGAUUCUGAAUCCAUUGAAACCAUUGAAUCGUCUCACUCGUCCGUUACAGAAAUCUUCCCAUAUGCUGUUGUCAUCAGAAGAUGAAAUCGAAGAUGCGAAAAAAAAUAUAAUCGAUUAUAGCGAAUAUCGAUCGGAGCAUGAACCACAAAAAUUAUAUACAAAUAUCAGUAUUAAUUUACCUGAUACUGAAUCUGUGCACAGCAUUACUAUUGAAUUAUCUCAAUUUUUAUCAGAUGCACUAAUAACAGAUUCAAUCAUGCAAAAUGAAAUAAGCUCUCGACUAGAUUCCCGAUGGAAAAGAAGUACUGUUUCGGGUCAUGAAUCUUUUCUUACUGAUAUUAUAAGCUCACUAGCUUCGAAUUUGUAUCACUUCAAAUCUCUGCAUUUUCUAGAUGAAUAUGCUUAUCAAAAAUCUGAAUCUUUUGAUGAUACUAUUGGAUCAUUGAUGUCAGCGAUGUUAACAUUUUCUAGCUGUCGUGGUAGUAAUUCUCGCUUGUGUGCUUUUUCAAAUUACCGAAAUCGGAAUCAUUCGCAUCAAGAAUCAUUUUUCUUGACAGCACUGUCAACUUCUUUACUGUGUGAAGCUUCUGUUGAUGAAAGAAUAAUCUGCCCUCUACUUACAUAUUUGUUGAAUAAAAUAACAGCAAACGUAGAAAAUUUGCAAGAUUCAACAGACAAUUUUUUGAAUCCUAUGGAUUUUAUGACAGUGAAAGAUAAGUACUGGCUGGUUCUAGCAAUGAUCAAUCAGAUAUCUUUUGACUGUGCUACCUAUCAGUGUGUGCGUAAUGAUCGUGCGUGGAUAAGUAUACGCAGGAGUUUUUUCAAUCUAUCAGACAGUGCUACAUUGGAUGUACGUACCAUGGCUGCAUUAGCAUACAUGGCACCUCGAUCUGUAAGCAGUAUUAUGAGAAUUAAAAUGUAUUCUAUUGUAAAAGAUGGCAUGCUUCCAUAUUGGGUAGCUGGACGGAUGUUGAGCGAUGGCUCAAUCCUUACAAAGCUUCGCUCUCGAUUCAGCAAUCUUUUAGGGCGUCGAAUUUCAAAGAGUGGUGAUUUGUUGGCAAAUUCAUUGGGACUGUUAGCAUUCGUAAGCCGUGGAGUGGAACCUAUAUUCCCUACAAUUGAGCUUGAUCUACUAGCUGAUUGGAUUUAUGAGCAACUGAGCGACAAUAUUCAGCUACCUUCAGCAGUGGAUGCAUAUUUUGCAAAUCGAGCAAUUUACGAAUAUCGAGUGCAUAAAACGAAAAGAACAAAUGGCACUAAACAGGAUAAAGUGACAAUUAUAUGCAAGAAUUGCAAGCAGAUGAUACAUAAUGUUACUGCAAGAUCGUCUCUUUUCAAUUUACCGGUGACAGUACGUAAUAUCACGUUGAUCACAGAAGGGGUCACGAAAGUUCGUACGGGUAUCCGAAUUUGGGCUGCAAAAAGGAUGCGAAUGCGUAGAGGCUUAGAGCAGAAUGACUUUUAUCCAUGCAUUAUUUCUGUUGCUCAAUAUUUACGUAAUCCAGGCAUCAUUCAACAAAUUGUUUGCUUAAAAAUUUCCACGCCUGUAAUUGAAUCACUAGAAGUAACGCAUGGUCUUUUUACUGGUUUUACUUCUUCAAAUAAACAGUUUCGAUUACUUGAGAACAGUACAAUAUACGGAGUUCGCAUUGGGGAUCAGAUUACAGUCAGCAGUUAUGCCGUGCAUUUCGUGCUUGUUAAUCUGAAACCGAAUGUUCCCAUAUGUUAUGAACUUGGAUUAACAGAGCCUAAAAAUAUAUACGAACCAGAUCAGUUGGCCCCUGUCGCUAUCACUCUUCGACAUCCUUUUUUUGGAAUCGCCGGUCAAGAAUUGCUUGUAUACACGGAAAGGUAUAAACGAUCGACUUUAGAAGAAGCUAUCGAUAUGGUUUGUUGGGAUCGAACUUGUUCUUGUGCUGAGGCCAGUUGUGCUGUUCGUUGCUCACAAUGUCACAGUAUUAACAGAACACAUUUGCAAAAUGAAUUGUGUUCAGAAAAUACUUUUGGAAGUACAGUGGAAGUGGAAAAUUAUAGUACACAAAAACUACAUAGUUCGGAAUAUUUUGUGAUUGAUGUAUCGCUAAAACAUUGGAAGCAAAAAGAUAUGAAAUCAUCAAUUCGAAAACCAGAUCGGAUUGAAGUGUGGCUAAGAACAUGCAACAUUCGAUGUCCGGAACCUAAAGUCGGAGACACAUAUUACUUUAGUGGUAAUAUAAACGGAAUGGUGAUGGACUACGAAACAAGCAUACACUAUGUAUUGCGAGAUGAAGACCGAUGGGAGUUGGCUAGUGAAGAAUGUGGACAUUUGUUUAGUUAUCUAAUAACAAGUCGGCCAUGCUGA